CUACAUUCUGGCUUUGUCAACUAUAAUCAUAUACCAAUAUAUUUCCCGUUCAUUUGAAUACAGAAAAUUACAAACGGCAAAGAAACCACGUGGCAUUAAAUAGGCAAUAAUUUGAAAUAAUUUAUGGCCUCUAUUUUAUAUUAGACAACCUGUCGAUCAUUCAGUAGGGUUCCAAAAGACCCUAACAUGUUUCAUACUGAUUAAUACUAAUUGAAUACAAUUCCAACUGAGUAUCUUUUCUAAAAUAGGUCAACACACGCUUACAGACAGUUAACAACUAAUUCAAUUUUUUCGAUAUCGAUUUCCCCCUUCAGAUAAAUUCAACGACAGCAUUGCAAACAAAAAAAAACAGAUAAAAACAAGAUGCACACACAAUUAUACAAUUUUUUGCCACCUGGGGUAAAUACUCAGUCACAAUCCCAUUUAAGAUCACAAGCUUCCCAUCUAUCAAAUACACCACUGAUUUAUUCACAUUAUUAUCCAAAUGAUACGGUAUCACAAUCAUCUCAUCAACACCAUCAUCAUCACCAACAACAACAUCGGGAGUUGUCACAAAUUACUACAACAACCCCACCACCACCACAGCCCGGAGCAGGAGCAGCACCGUCUAAUUACAUAGCUAAUGUACCUAAUAUUGAAAAUUAUCAGUUAUCAAAUGAAUCUAGACAUGUAACUGAUACUAACAGUUUAUUUCCAACUACUGCACCGUAUACAACUAACUCAUUGUCAACACCGUCUUCGUUGUCAUCGUCCUCAUCUUCAUCUACUUCGAUAUCCUCGUCAACUUUAAUGCCCGAAACAGCAAUCGAUUAUAAUAAUCGUGGACAUUUAAAUUAUGCUCUAUCUUAUUUAUCAAAUCAGACAAGUAAUGAUAAAAAUUUUAUUAAUUCAAAUUCACAUCAUUCAUUGAAUCGUUUACAACAAAUAAAUUCGUCAAAAGAAUCAAUUAGCGCGAAUCAUUUAAAAUUAUUAUAUCCUCAAUGUUAUGUUACCCCACCGACAUUGAAUGAAGAUUUAUUGGAUACUUCACAAUCGAUUGGAUCAUGUGAUACAUCAGUGGCAAAUAUAUGGCCUCAAUCAAUUAUCAGUGCUCAAUAUUCAACAAAUUUUUUAUCUUCAUAUUCAACAGGGAUGGCAGCUGCUGCAGCAGCUGCUGCCGUGGCUGUCCACUCAACAUCUUUUGAUUAUACACAACCAUCAAUGAUGUUAUCCCCUUCACGAUCAAAUACAACACAACUUUGUCGUCAUUUGAAUGACAGAUAUUUAGGAAAUAAUAAUAAUAACUCAAAUAUUUGUAAUAAAACAAUAGGACGUACAAAAUCAAUAAAUUAUUUAACGUCUACUCCGAUUUCAUCACAAGUUAAUGUAAAUAGUCAUAUUUCAGAGACGAAUUUUCCGUUAUCAACCUAUUCUUCUGUAUCAACAUCAUCAUCUUGUUUACCUUCUGCAACAUGUGAAUUAUAUAACGUACCACAACAUAUUUUAUCUAAUCGUUUAUCAAUGAACCAACAUGUAGCUUCCACUACAUUAACAUCUAUACCAACUGGUGAAGUAAGAAAUUCAAUUAAUAAUGAAUUAUAUUAUUGUCAAUGGAUUGAUCCAGUACCUACAAUACCUGGUUCUAUACCGAAACCAUGUUCUAGAGUGUUUGAUUCAGUUACAGAAAUAGUUAAUCAUAUAACUUUAGAACAUGUUGGUGGUCCAGAACAAUUAGAUCAUACAUGUUAUUGGAAAGAUUGUAUACGAGAUGGCAAACCAUUUAAAGCAAAAUAUAAAUUAGUUAAUCAUAUACGCGUACAUACUGGUGAGAAACCAUUUCCAUGUCCAUUUAGUGGAUGUAUGAAAGUAUUUGCACGUAGUGAAAAUUUAAAAAUUCAUAAAAGAACACAUACUGGUGAAAAACCAUUUGUUUGUGAAUUUGAAGGAUGUGAUCGUCGAUUUGCUAAUAGUUCUGAUAGAAAAAAGCAUAUGCAUGUACAUAUGAAUGAUAAACCAUAUUUUUGUCGAUUUAAAGGAUGUGAUAAAAGUUAUACACAUCCUAGUUCAUUACGUAAACAUUUACGUGUACAUUAUUUAUCACCGAAUGAUGCAUUAAAUCCAACAGACUAUGAUACCCACUCGAACUCAAGUGAUACAACCAAUAAUAAUAAUAAUAAUAAUAAUAUUAAUAAUAAUAAUGACAAUAAUCAACUUAAUACAAAUGAUUCACGUACAUGUACACGUAAUAACAUGAAUAUGACAGAAUUUUCAACACGUGAGUCUCAUAAUUCCGUUAAUACUACAAAUUAUUUUUAUCCUAUGAUGAAUCGAAAUAAUGUUGACUGUUUACGUAAUACUAAUUGUACUGGUAAUAAUACUACUACCACUACUACUCAAAAUAACAAUAAUAACAAUUGUAUUAGUACACUGAAUAAAAUGAGAAAAAAAACUCAAAAUAGUCCUAUACAAACUUCAGAUUUUUCACUACGUAAAGCUUCAAGAAAACGUCAUUAUUCUACUAGAAAUGAAUAUGAUUCAGAGAGUUUUACACAUGUUAAUACAAAUACAACUACUAAUAUAACUAAUAGUAGUAUUAACAUUCAAUCACCAUCUUCAAAAGAUUUUAUGUCACAGUUAGCAGCAGUAGUAUGUGGUCCAACUGAAAAAGAGUUUAAAUCUCAACGAAAUAAUUUAAAUUAUAAUGAAUUUCAAGAAACAAUUCAACAACAUGCUGAAAAUAUUUCACAAUUUCGUAAUGAUACAUUUAUGUGGGGACAGUUAGACAAUGAACUCCCAAUGAUUAAUAAUCGUAGUAUUAAUAAUAAUAAGAAAACAAAUACUAAUCUAUCGUAUUUAUCAUCCAAUCAUAAUAUUGAUCCAUUUUUAUCGAAUUCACGCAUGUAUUCAUCGUUAAAUUUCGGACAGUCUUUAUCAACCUUAUCACAAAUAACACCUUCUUCACCAACAGAUAUCAUAGCACAACAUGAAAUGAAUAUGGAUAGUGUAAAGAUGAAAUCAGACUUAUUGAAUUUAAAUCGUUCUUAUGAACUACAUAACAAUGUAAUUAAUAAUAGUAUUAAUAGUAAUAGUAAUCCAUAUGUUAAUUUACAUCACCAACAACAUGAAGAACAAAUGGAUCAUUUACAACAUUCAUCAUCACAAUAUGCAUUGAAUGAAUAUACCCAAAAUUUAUUUCAUGCAAAUGAUUUAUUAAUGGAAACUCAAAAAAAUUUGGGAUUAAUAAAACAUCCUUAUUAUUAUACUCAACAACAACAACAACAACGUCAAGGAUCAUAUUGUUUUUUACCAUCUUCAAAUCAAUAUCAUUCCGAUAAUCAACAAUCUCAAGAAUCUCAACAUUUUCAACGACAACAAAUGAAUUCCUCACCAAAAUCGUAUAAUAAUCUAUAUUCACUUGAUACAAAUCUUUUAUAUACAUGUAAUAAUAAUAAUUCACAAUCUAUGCAUAAUUUACAACCGAAUCAUAAACAUUUAACAUCAGAUCAUUUAUUAACCCAACAAUCACAACAACAUUCAAUCUAUUCAGAAACAAGUCAUCAAUCGAAUUCAACAGAUUCUGAUCUAGAAAAUAGUAGUAUCUUAUUUAAAACUAAUUUAUCAGCUAAUAAUUCAUUUAUAAAUAAUAACAAUAAUAGUAAUUCUAUUACAUCUUGUACUGGUAAUAUUCUAUCUACAAUCAAUAAUGAUCAUCAUCAUAAUAAUAAUUUAUCAAUGACAAAUGUACCAGUCAUUUCUACACCGACUAUCAUAACAAGUUGUGAAACGAAUUCAUCUACAAUUUCAUUAUUCAAUUGUAAAGAUUCACAAUUGAAUGAAAAUAAAUUAAAGGGACAUUUAGAAGGGAAUAAUAAUAAUAGUAAUAAUAGUAAUAGUAAUAAUAAUAGUAAUUCUACAGAUUUAUCAUUAUCAGAACCAUUAACAUGUGGAGUACAAUUUCCUGUAACUAAUUCAUUAUCAAAUUGGCUUUCAUUAAAUAAUAGAAAUGGAAUAUCAGUUACAAAUUAUUUAGGAUGGUCAAUGUUAAAUAAUGAUAAAACAAUGAUAACAUCUCAUAUAAAUAAUAAUAAUGUGGAUGAAUUAACUCAUCACUCAUUAGACAAUAAUAAUCAUCAUCAGAUAGAUGAGAUAAACAAUAUUGAUUGUUUACCUUCAACGGUACAUCAUCAAAUGAAAUGUUGUGAGAAUUUCGAUAGUAUUCCCCUAUCGAACAAUAAUAAUAAUAAUAAUAAUAAUAAUAAUAAUAACUUUCUUAAUAAUGAUAAUGAGAAAGAUAAAAGUAAUCCAUGUACAUUCACAAAAAAUAAGAUUAAAGAUUCAAUCAUUUCCCCGUAUAUUUCAAAUUGUACAUUUUCAUAUAUUUGUAAUCUAGAAGAUGAGCAUAAAUUACAUAAUAAAGAAGAAAAUGAUAAACGAAAUAAAAUAAUUGAACAUAAAAAUGAAUAUAUUGACAACUAUUAUUCAUCCUCCUCCUCAUCAUCAUCAUCUUCUACAAUAAUAGAUUGUGUUAAUAAUUCUUCAACUUUAUGCUCAAUGAUAAAUAAUUCAGUUAUUCAUGGAAACCCUAACAAUACUACCGCCGGUCCUACUUCUUCUCUUUCUCCAACCACUAAUACUAUUACUAAUAAUGAUAACGAUAAUAGUAAUAAUAAAUAGCAUAUGUAACACUUUACGAGUUAAAUAAUUCAAUCCCUUAACCUAUUUUUUCAUACUUCCUUUAUAAUUCUCUUCUACUGAAGAUUAUUUAUUUGUUUAAUUUAUUGGUCUAUUUAAUUAUCUCCACCCGCCCCCCCCCGGUGUACAUAAAUAUAUUAAUUGCUCUAUCAGC